AUGUCCAAAGCAAAAAUAGAUCUUGCUAACUUGGAUUUCAGCCGUACCUACUCAUUUGAAGAGUUCGAGUCAAUUAACGAACAGCUCAAAACACAUUCCUUAGAAUUCAACGGACAACCAGUCAAUUUAUUUGAUCUCGACGAAAAUGGAAAGCUUGUUCCAAUGCCACAGGCCACUCACUGUAUGGGGAUUACUGUUGCAGAGAUUAUCAGACAGCUUGGUAAUUGGAACAUUCAAACUCGACAGAACGGGGACAUAAAAGCAUCACAAGGAGGGUUUAAUUUUAAUGUUGGAGGCCACAGAGCUCCUGAUGUCUCCUUCACGCCCAAAUCUGUAUCUCGCCAAUUGACUGAAUUACAACGUUGGACUUUCCAGGGUCAAUCAUUCACUCCCACAUUCGUUGUCGAGGUUGGAGACACCGAAAGUAGAUCGACGUUCGAAGAGUUAGAUGGCAAAUUUAAACGCGGAUACUUUGCACUUGGAACAUCUGUACAACUCGGUUGGUUGAUUGAUCCCAGAAAUAGUAAAAUCUGGGUAUACAAGCGGAGUCAACAUGGUAAUGUCUUUCGUCGUGAGCACGCAUGGGGAGAUGUAGAGGGUGGUGAUAUUUUGCCGGGGUUUACAUUAAACGUGUUGAUGAUUGGUGAAGUAAUUUCACAGAAAUCUUCAGAAUCAUCAUCAGAGAAUGAAGAAUUGCAAAUUAAUUGCCCUGAAUGUGACGCAACUUUUUCUGAUCGUUACACUUUUACGAAACAUUACGUAAAUAAGCAUGUUUGUAAACGGCGUAGAACAAA